AUGUCUAUUCCUGAGCCUUCUUCCUCCAGCUCCCACAACCCGGCUGGCUCUUCUCUCAGCCAGAACAAUGUCAGCCAAGUGCCACGAUCCAACCAAAACAGUGUAAACCGUUUCGCUCGAGCACCAGCGGCAGAUGGCCCCUACUAUGCCGGAGCACGAAUGGGAGAGCGGUCCACACACAUGAACGGCCUCUCAAACCAAGUCAAUGCGAUGGAUGAUAUUCUGAAGUCCAAAUGA